UUAAAAUGAGAGCCAGCUGGUCGGCCAGCCGCCGCUUUUACUCCAAAGCUCUACCUACAGUGGAGGUGUGUACCCCCCGGAGGGAGGCGGCAUGGCUCAAGCGUUCGUCAAUAGCAAGAUCCAGCCUGGGAAGGUGGUCGUGUUCAUCAAGCCCACCUGCCCCUACUGCAGAAAGACCCAGGAGCUUCUCAGCCAACUGCCCUUCAAACAAGGGCUUUUGGAAUUUGUCGAUAUUACAGCCGCCAGUAACACCAGUGAGAUUCAAGAUUACUUGGAGCAGCUCACUGGAGCCAGAACGGUACCUCGAGUCUUCAUCGGUCAAGAGUGCAUAGGUGGAUGCACUGAUCUAGUAAAUAUGCACGAGAGAGGGGAACUGUUGACACGGCUAAAGCAAAUUGGAGCCCUGCAAUAAUUACAGCAGAGCAGACCCAGGCUGAUAUCCCCCUUGGGGACAGGAUGGCAUUGCAGAUAAUGACAGCAGUUCCUGGAGGAUGGACCUGGGGUGACUGUACCCAGUUACAGCAACUGUUUACUGAAAUAUGUUAACCUCAAUAAAAGGGGAAGGGAAGUCAA